GCAGAAAAGAUCAUCUCUUGAUACAAGAAGAAGAAGAAACCUUUCGAGAAAAAGAAGAAGAAGAAGAAGAAGAAGAAGAAAGAAGAGGAGAUUGCUGAGAUUUUGGUUGAUUGUAUUUGAACAGUGAAGCUAGAGAUAAAGAGACUGUGAGAUAUAUCAACAAAGAGAUGGGAUCUUUCAAGGGUCAUGCUUUGCCAGGGACUUUGUUCCUUGUUGUUGGUGUAUGGCACAUAUGGAGUUCCCUUGUCCGGUUUGUGUCAAACCCCAAGUCUUUUGAGGUCAGGGUGUGGAACCCUGUUCCUGGUUUUAAUGGGAAGUUGAAGCACUUGGAGCUUUAUGUUGUAGCCAUUGGUGCUUUCAUUGAUCUGUGCAUUGAGCUUUUGUAUUCAACCCACCUCAAGUUUAUUGUCAAUGGAAGCCUCAAUCCAUCGCACUUGAACGAUUUUGAGCAUUCAGGGAUGCUUCUCAUGUUCUUCCUCUUUGGUUCCAUCGCUUUGCUUUCAGAGAAAACGAGUUUUGUUUCGUUACCACAAGGAUCCCUUUGUCUUAUUGCGGCCGCAGCAUUCACCGCAGAGUAUAUGCUGUUCUACUUUCACUCAACCACUCACAAGGGCCUUGAAGGAUACUACCAUCUUGUCCUUGUCCUUCUAGUAGGACUGUGCAUUUUGACCACACUCGCCGGAGCUCUCUUGCCAAACAGCUUCCCGGUUGAUUUGUGUAGUGGAAUUGCAGUAACUCUCCAAGGCCUCUGGUUCUAUCAGACCUCUUUCACCCUCUACGGCCCCAUGAUGCCGGACGGUUGUCGACUCAAGGAUAAUAAUGAAAUCCGUUGCCAUCUGGUAGAUAGUGAAGUUCGAGGGCAGUUGAUUGCUAACUUCCAGCUCUUUUCUAUGGUGCUGGGUGUCGUUGCUGCUGUUGUGGGAUCAUAUGGUUUUGCAGCUUCAAGAUAUGGGAAUUCUGAUCUUAGAACCAUGCACUCAGUUCAACAUGGCUGAAGCUGCAUGGAGCUUAAGCUAAUGAGGAUCUAUUAAUUGAAUACGAGGGAGAGAUUUGAUGGAGGACUUGAAAGUUUCCAUAGCU